AUGCUCUCCUCGUCCCGAGCCGCCGUGCGCCAGGCGCAGCCCGUCUGCCGCGCUCUUCGAUCCAACCCAACACUGCGUUGCCAGCCGGUGAGGUAUGUAAGCUCGCAAGGAGGGCCACCGAGGCGAGGUGGUGCUGGAAAAUUUCUGGCCGGUGCUGCCGUCGCUUUCGUAGGAGCAGGCGCUGCUGUUGCCCUGUGGUCGACUUCCCAGUCCGAGCCCCCAAAGCCUGUGCAGGCUACCAUCCAGUACGAAAAGGUCCGCCCCGUGCCGCAGACCACCGAGGACAAUAGGGAUAUCAUCAGCAGUCAGCAUCUGCAGGUGAAGGAGAGCUGGGAACACCCCGGAGUGUACGCUUGGGGAUCCAAUACCGGCCGCGUAGCAGCACCGGACUCGACAGAAAACGUUAUCAAGACACCCCGGCGCUUGGCCUAUUUCGACGGCCAAUUGCUCCGGGAUAUCAAGCUGGACCGUGAAUUCGGCGUUGCGCUCAACGAGAAGGGAGAUCUUGUCCAAUGGGGCACCGCCUUCUCCAAAGAUGACCCGAAGCCAAAAACAACUUUAAAGGGCAAAGACCUCGUGAAGCUGGCUAUAUCUCGUGACCGCAUCCUGGCUCUCAGCAAAAGCGGCACCGUUUAUACACUCCCCGUCUCAAACUCCGAUCAGGCCUCGAGUUCAAAGGAGCAGUCUUCCUCGUGGCUGGGCCUAUGGUCCAACCCCUCGACUGCCGCCUACCGCAAACUUGACUUGCCGAAUCUAGCCUGGGGUGAGAGCGUCACCGAUGUCAGCUCGGGCUUGGAGCAUGCCUUGUUCCUCACAAACAAGGGACGUGUAUUCUCGGCUGCCUCUAGCAACCACGACUUCCCUUCCAAGGGGCAGCUUGGUGUGCCUGGGCUUACCUGGGAGACACGUCCCCAAGGACCCUACGACCAGCCGCACGAGAUCCUCACGCUCAAGGGAUUCCAGAUUGCCAAGAUCGCAACUGGCGAUUACCACUCCCUGGCCCUGGACCAGGAUGGCAAGGUUUUUGUCUUCGGAGACAACACUUCUGGCCAGCUUGGCUUCGAGGCUGAGCGCGAGAUCCCUUACGUAGACGGCCCUAUUCCUCUGCCCUUCACCAAGAUAUACAGCGGGAGCCACCAAAAGCCUCGUGUGACGUCUAUUGCCGCUGGAGGCACCAAUUCCUUCUUCACUGUCGAUGCUACCCGCAUCGCUGGCCAGCCUGGCAGCCAAAGAGAAAAGAUGGAGGUGGCACCUGCACGCAAUCUUGGCCAGGUCACGGCAGACACCUGGGCCUGCGGCUCGGGCAUCUUGGGCAGCCUGGGCAAUGGCAAAUGGACUCAUGUCAGUCUGGGCCCCUCCAAGAUCAAGCCUCUCUCUGGCCUGUUCGAGUGGGACGAGAAGAACAACACGGUCAUUCCUAUUCGUUUGGCACGUCUGAGCGUUGGGUCCACGCACGCCGCAGCUGUCAUGGACAACGUGACCUCGGUUGCUGCAUCGGCCGCCUCCUCCACGGAGAAUGACACAAACUGGGGCGCUGACAUCGUCUGGUGGGGCGGCAACGAGUAUUACCAGCUCGGCACUGGCAAGCGCAACAAUGUGAACACGCCGACGUACAUCGGGCCUCUGGAUGGCGGACACGCUGACUCGGAGAAGGGACGAAGAGGCGAGGAGCACCGAUUCCAGAUUACCCCUCGAACCACCGUACGACUCGGCGAGGGAGGCAAAGGCAGGAAGGUUAGCGUUGAGCAGAGGGUCGAAUGUGGUCGUUUCGUCACUGCAGUGUACUCUGGGACGUGA